AUGGCUUCUUCCGAUAUUAAUUGGGACAGGCUAGAUAAAACGAAAUUCUAUGUGGUGGGAGCAGGACUAUUUACAGGUGUUACGGUAGCACUAUAUCCAGUUUCUGUUGUGAAGACUAGGCUGCAGGUUGCUUCAAACGAUACUUUGGAGAGAAGUGCAUUAUCGGUUGUGAAAGGAUUACUUAAAACGGAUGGCAUCCGAGGUUUGUAUAAAGGGUUUGUUACCGUUAUCACUGGUACAAUUCCUACCAGAAUCAUAUUUCUCACUGCCUUGGAGACGACAAAGAUGGCUUCCCUCAGGAUGCUGGAGCCAUUUAGACUAUCUGAAACUUCUCAAGCUGCCAUAUCAAAUGGAGUUGCAGGCAUGACAUCUUCGCUUUUGGCACAAGCUGUGUUUGUUCCAAUUGAUGUGGUUAGCCAAAAGUUGAUGGUGCAAGGAUAUUCAGGCCAUACCCAAUAUAGGGGGGGUUUAGAUGUUGCUCGUAAGGUGUUAAGGUCUGAUGGCAUUAGGGGAUUAUAUAGAGGAUUUGGUCUAUCUGUCAUGACUUAUGUACCAUCUAGUGCUGUCUGGUGGGCAAGUUAUGGUUCAAGCAAAAAUUACUUAUGGAGAUUCUUUGGGGAUAAGUCCAGUGAGGAAGGUACUCCUAGUCUACCAAAGAUUAUAUUAGUUCAGGGUACUGGAGGGAUCAUUGCUGGUGCUACUGCAUCCUGCAUUACAACGCCAUUGGAUACUAUCAAGACACGGUUACAGGUGACUGGACUUGAAAAGAGAAUCUCUGUAAAACAAGUUGUUAAAGAUUUGAUUAUUGAAGAUGGUUGGAAAGGUUUAUAUAGAGGAUUAGGUCCAAGAUUUUUCAGCAUGUCAGCGUGGGGUACUUCAAUGAUUCUGGCUUAUGAAUAUCUGAAGCGCGUAUGUGCAAAAGAUGAACAGGUGUAA